AUGUCAACUGCUAAUACUGUUUUCGAUCACUUCAACACUACUAACAAUGAGGGUACAACUGCAGAUCCAUAUGUUGUUAAGAAGAAAGCACCAUCUAAGCCUAACUUCACUUAUAAUAUUGGUGUUGCUAAGAAAGUGAUUAAGGAAAAGAGGAAAUCAAAGUCGAAGUCUCAAGGUGUUUUCAUUAAAAAAGUUAUUGAUGAGGAGGAACUACAAAACAAGAAAUGUAAGGUUGUAGGGUUGUUAAAGCAAUUUAAGAUGCUAAGGCCUCAAACAGUUGAAGAGCGUUCCACCACAACAAAGCCUAUAAAGAAGGUUAUUGAAGGAGAUAAGGAUAGAGAAGCCACAAAUGAUGAGGUUAAUGAAACUGGUGAUCUUACAUAUAAUGUUUAUCCAUGA